AUGCGCGUUCUCAGCAUCCUCGCUCUCGCCGCCGGCAUCGUCUCUGCCAACUACGAGGUCACCUCGUACAGCACCAGCACCCAGUACCUCACCGCCACCGUCACUCUGACCCAGUGCAACCCGGCCAACCCUGAGUGCCCUCUGUACACGCCUCCUCCCACCACGUCGUCGAGCACCUCGACCAGCUCGACGACCACCAGCAGCUCCAUCCACAUCAACACCACCAGCGUCUUCACCUACCCGGUCCACAACACCACCUCGACCAAGGUCUACCCUACCACCCACCUCAACUCCACUGUGGUCUAUCCCACCGCUGCCUACCCUACCACGGCGCCGCCGUAUGUGCCCACCACUGCCAGCCCAGCUCCGUCGCAGCCUACCAUCCCCGUCGGCGGUGCUGGUGCUCUCGCCGUCCAGUCCGGCCUCCUCAUGGGUGUGCUUGGUCUCGGUGCUGCUCUCCUCGCUUAG